UUCAACCUUCAAAACCAUAAAAAUAUCAGUAUCAUUCUUACCUUACUACAUCGCUCGUAUACAUACUCUACACUCAUCACUAAUGGCAGAAACGACCUUGAAUUCUGAGACGAAGAGGAUUGCAGUUGUUACAGGGGCCAAUAAAGGGUUAGGAUUUGAAAUAUCUAAACAGCUAGCUUCAAAUGGGGUCAGAGUGAUAUUAGCUGCUAGAGAUGUCAGGAGAGGCAAUGAAGCUGUUGAAAAACUCAAGGAUGCUGGAUACUCUGAUGUGGUUUUUCAUCAACUAGAUUUGACGGAUUAUGCUAGCAUUUCUUCUUUGGCGGAUUUCAUCAAAACCCAAUUUGGGAAGCUUGACAUAUUGGUAAAUAAUGCAGCGACUAUUGGAGCCAUAGUCAAUGAAGAGGAAGUGUGGAAACUUAGUGUUGAAGAAAUUGUAGGUAUAAAUGCCAGGCCUCUAAAGGAACUUAUAAAGCAGACUUAUGAAACUUCAGAGAAUUGUUUGAAAACAAACUACUAUGGGAUCAAGCAACUCAACAAAGCUCUUAUUCCACUUCUUUUAUUAUCCGGUUCAGCAAGAAUUGUGAAUGUCUCCUCCUCUGUGGGACAAUUAAAGCGUAUUUCAAAUGAGAAUGUAAGGAAGGUAUUAGGAGACGUUGAUGGCCUCACAGAAGAGAAAGUGGACCAGUUGGUGGAGGGAUUUCUUGAAGAAGUGAAGGAGAAUGUGGUAGAGACCAAUAAUUGGCCUGCUAAUUUUUCUGCCUACUUCAUCUCCAAAGCAGCGCUUAAUGCUUACACAAGGACUUUGGCACGGAUGUAUCCCAAAAUUUUGAUAAAUGCAGCAAAUCCUGGGUAUAUCAGCUCAGACUUCAACAACAAUACUGGUUCUUUGACUGUCGAAGAUGGUGCAAAAGGUCCUGUGAUGUUAGCUCUAAUGCCUGAAGGUGGACCCUCGGGCCUUUUCUUUGAUAAAGCGGUAAUGUCAACUUUUUGAAUGUGAACAUGAUGGUAUCCAAUGUCUGAGAGAGAGAGAGAGGGAGUGAUUGAAGUUGUAGUUAUUAGCUUUUAUUUGUUAUGUUGUGGAAGCUAUUUCUAAUGUUGCAUUUGAAUUUUAGUAAGAGAGUUGAGGAGAAA